AUGAACGGAGCAUCUCCUGCUCAUUCUUCGGUUUCGACGACCGCCGUUGCCGGAGGCGGUGGUAGCAGCGGAGCCGCCGCUGGUCUCGACGAUUUCCAUUUUCCACCGGACAUUCCUUCUGUGCAAGAACGCAAGGACGAAGCCAUGCGAGUUUUGAAAGCUGAUUUGAUGGCUGAAUUAGAGAAAGAGGUUAAAUCAUUAGAAGAAGAUAACUGGAUGUUCGACGGUCCUCGUUCUCGAAUCCAUCUUAUCUCGAGAAGAGAUGAUCAGACUAAUCGAUAUGAUGAGAACAUUUGGUAG